UGUCAACUCCGCAGGGGUCCGACUCGUAAUUUCCGAAACCUCCUCGCCCAGACAUGGCCACCGGCGGCGGCGGGGAGGGCGGCUCGCCCGCGGCGGAAGGAGGCGUCGGGGAAGCGGGGGCGGGGUCCGGCCGUGGGCCCGGCCGCAGGCUCUUCGUGGCGGUGCACGUGGGCGCGGGCUUCCACGCUCCGGCCAACGAGCGGGCCUACCGCCGGGCCAUCAGGCGCGCCUGCCUCGCCGCCGCCGCCGUCCUCCGCGAGGGCAGCGGCACAAGUCUUGAUGCCGUCGCAGCUGCCAUUCGAGUGCUGGAGGAUGACCCCAUCACAAACGCUGGCCGAGGUUCAAGUUUGACCGAGAGUGGUCAGGUUGAAUGCGAUGCGAGUAUCAUGGAUGGAACUACAGGUUCUUACGGAGCUGUCGGAGCUGUGCAAGGUGUAAAGAACCCCAUCCAAGUUGCAUUGCACUUGGCAAAGGAACAAAUGUCAGGUCCUUCACUGCUUGGUCGGAUACCCCCCAUGUUUUUGGUCGGUGAGGGAGCAUGCCAAUGGGCAAAAUGUAAAGGAAUCGACAUAAUCGAAGCCACAUCGGAGGAUAAUAAUUGGUUAGUGACUGAGAAUGCAAAAGCACAGUGGGUAAAAUACAGUGCGUUGCUUGCUAGUGCCAAGGAAUUGGUUAAUCGCUCCACUGCUUCUGCUUCAGAAUCUAGUUCUUUACAGUUGGACCCAUCAGGAGCUCAAGCUGAUAAUUUGAACAAUGCAAAAAAGAUCAAGAAAGAAUUCAGUAGAUCAAUCAUGGAAGAUGAUCAAGAUUGUGUAAUGGAUACUGUUGGUGCUGUAUGUGUUGAUGAGUAUGGAAAUGUAGCAUCUGGCGCGUCUAGUGGUGGCAUUGCACUAAAGGUAGAUGGCCGGGUUGGAUUAGCUGCUAUGUACGGCUCUGGGUGCUGGGCUUCAUCCAAAGGACCAUUUGGCACACCAUUCGUAAUUGGAUGUUGUGCAACCGGAGCUGGCGAACACUUAAUUAGAGGAUUUGCUUCCCGUGAAUGUUGUAUCUCAGCAUCACUGUCACAGUCUGGCCCUGCUUCCUCCUGCACCAAAGUUUUGCGCUCGGUGGUGCAGAGCAGCAGCGAGAUGUCUCACGACACCGGCGCUGGGCUCUUGCUAGUUCAGUCUGACCUUACAAAGAGAGGUGAAUCGCCUCUACUCGAAGCCGUUGAGCUCGUUGCUGCCUACUCAUCCCCAUCGUUCGGCAUCGGGUAUUUAGGGAGCAAUAUGAACAGUCCAAAGGUUUCAAUGCUUAGGGAUUCAAGAGCACCAUCCGGCUCCGUCCAGCAUUUCGCUACCCGUGUGAAUUUCGGCGCACCAUCCAGCGAAGGAUGACGAUCAGCUGCCCGUGUGGUUCCCUUUUUUUUCCUGGGAAACUUUUCUGUUAUGUUGAGGGGUGAACAGAUUCUGUGUGUGCCAUAGAUAACUUGUUAAUGGGUGAUCAAUAUGAUAUCCCCCAUCCAUUCUGCCCCAUUGCUGACAAAGGAUGCCCUGAGCGACACAUCGGGAAAUAACCUCCAAACUUUGAAUAUACGUCGAACUCGUAAUUGAAGAUGUUUGUUUGAACA